UGUUCCUAGCUAAAACCCAUCAAACCAGUCCCUUCUUACUUCCAGCUCCUGAAGGAUAACGAUUCUACUUGCUACCUGGCCUGCAACUGCUACUACCUGCUUCAAUGUCAAUCUCUUCCUAAACUCGAAUCCAACCAUGGAUUCCAUUCUCUCUUCUUCCCCACUCCACUCUCACUCACACUCCCCAUUUCAACGCCUCCAUUUCCCUCCUUCCCCUCCUCCUUCUCUUCUUCCCAAUCGAAGAUCCCUCCCCAGAAAACCGCGAAACCCUAUCUCCCUCACUUCCUUCACCUUCAUCUCUCCACCAAUCACCUUCUCCGCGAAAUCCACACCCACACCCUCACCAAACGACGACGUUUCACUCUCCGCCGUAACAGAAUGCUUGGCCAAGCACCUCGUUCAGGCGCUGUUCUGCUUCGCUGUUAGUUUUUCCGCGCUCGGGACGUUCCGUGCUGCUCCUGCCCUUGCCGUCGCGGUGCCGUGGGGUGUUCUGUGGAGGAAAAGCAGUGAGAAAGAGAAGGUGAAGAGUCAUGAGUAUUCUGAUUGUACUGAGAGGCUGUUGGAGACGGUUUCGGUUUUGUUGAGGAGGAUAGAGGAGGUUAGGGAAGGGAAUGGGGGGAUAAACGAGGUGGAGGUGGCGAUGGAGGCGGUGAAAUUGAAGAGGGAGGAAAUGCAGAAGGAGAUUAUGGGUGGGAGGCUUUACCCCGAGCUGAGGAAGAUGAGGAGGGAGAAGGGGCAGUUGAUGAAGCGGGAUUCGGAGAUUAUUGACGAGAUAUUGGUGGCGAAGAAGGAGUAUGGUAAGUUGAAGGCGAAGGGGGAGGAGAAGGAGAGGGUGGAGAAGCUGGAGCAGAGAGUAGGGGAGCUGGAGGUGGAGUUUAAUGGGACAUGGGAGAGAAUUGGUGAGAUUGAGGACAUGAUGUCGAGGAAGGAGACCGUGGCGUUGAGUUUUGGGGUGAUGGAACUCUCUUACAUUGAGAGGGAAUGUGAGCAGCUCGUGGAGAGGUUUAAACGAGAAAUGGGACAGAAGGAAAUCAUGAAAAGUUUGCCCAAAGGCUCAGUUACCAGGCUCUCAAAAUCUGUCAUUCAAAAAAACCUGGAAGCCGUGCAAAGAAAACAUUUAGAACAAGAUGUUCUUCCCAGCGUUUUGGACGUUGAAGAUAUUGGCUCAUUCUUUUAUCAAGACUCUAUUGAUUUUGCUCAACGUUUAAAAAGAAGUCUUAAAGACUCAAGGGAGCAGCAGAAAAAGAAUAUGGAGGCCCAGAUAAAAAAAAGUAUGAAGAAGUCUGGGAGGGAAAAGCGUGGUAUUAUUUACUCACCAGAAGAAGAGGAAAGGAUUCUUUUGGACCGAGAUAGAGUAGUGUCAAGGACUUGGUACAACGAAGAGAAAAAUAGAUGGGAGAUGGAUCCAGUGGCUGUUCCUUAUGCUGUCUCGAAAAAGCUAAUAAAUCAUGCACGGAUUAGGCAUGAUUGGGGUGCCGUGUAUAUUGCAUUGAAGGGGGAGGACAAAGAAUUUUAUGUAGACAUAAAGGAAUUUGAAAUGCUUUUUGAAGAUAUUGGGGGUUUCAAUGGGCUGUAUAUGAAAAUGCUAGCCUGUGAUAUCCCGACAACUGUUCAACUAAUGUGGAUUCCUUUCUCAGAAUUGGAUCUCCGCCAGCAGUUUCUCGUGACAUUAAGGGUGUCCCGUUGGUUUUUGAGUGGCUUGUGGAAUUCCGGAGUUGUCACCUAUGGGAGAAAUUGGAUCUUUAAGAAAAUUAAGGACACAACUGAUGACAUAAUGACAGUGAUAGUGUUUCCUAUUGUGGAGUUUUUAAUCCCUUACCCGGUGAGGAUACAAUUGGGGAUGGCUUGGCCAGAGGAAAUAUUUGAGACAGUAGAAUCCACAUGGUACUUGAAAUGGCAAUCAGAUGCAGAAGCAAACUUCAAAUCUAGACAAACAGACGAUGAUGGUCAAUGGUUUAUUUGGUUUAUAAUCAGAACUGCUAUAUAUGGGUUUGUUUUGUAUCAUGUAUUCAAAUUUAUGAGGAGAAAAGUUCCACGUCUUCUUGGUUAUGGUCCUAUGCGAAAAGAUCCAAAUUGGCGGAAAUUGCGGCGAGUGAAGUAUUACAUUAAACUGAAAGUGAGAAGAAUCAAGGAUAAGAGAAAGCAUGGCGUUGAUCCCAUAAAGACAGCUUUUGAGCAGAUGAAGAGGGUGAAGAAACCACCGAUACCAUUGAAGAGCUUUGCUAGCAUUGAAUCUAUGAAAGAGGAAAUUAAUGAAGUUGUGGCAUUUUUGCAAAAUCCAAGGGCCUUUCAAGAAAUGGGUGCUCGUGCACCUCGGGGUGUUCUUAUUGUAGGUGAGAGGGGUACAGGUAAGACGUCUCUAGCAUUGGCUAUAGCUGCAGAGGCUAGGGUGCCCGUUGUAGAAAUUAAGGCCCAACAAUUGGAGGCUGGGCUAUGGGUUGGACAAAGUGCAUCCAAUGUUCGUGAAUUGUUUCAAACAGCAAGAGAUUUGGCUCCUGUGAUAAUAUUCGUGGAGGAUUUUGACCUGUUUGCUGGCAGACGCGGCACAUAUGUCCAUACCAAAAAUCAAGAUCAUGAAACUUUCAUUAAUCAACUGCUUGUGGAACUUGAUGGAUUUGAGAGACAGGAUGGGGUUGUUUUGAUGGCUACUACAAGAAAUCUUAAGCAAAUUGAUGAGGCCUUGCAGAGGCCAGGUCGCAUGGAUAGAAUAUUUCAUCUUCAAAGACCGACACAGGCAGAGAGGGAGAAAAUAUUAUACUUGGCCGCAAAGGAAACCAUGGAUGACCAGCUUAUUGAUUAUGUAGACUGGAAAAAGGUGGCCGAGAAGACAUCUCUUUUACGGCCUAUUGAGUUAAAACUUGUUCCUCUGGCUUUGGAAGGAAGUGCCUUCCGCAGCAAAGUUCUUGACACAGAUGAAUUGAUGAGCUACUGUGGUUUCUUUGCGACUUUCAGUUCUUGGAUCCCGCCAUGGUUGCGGAAAACCAAAAUUAUGAAGAAGUUAAGCGAAGUGUGGGUAAAUCAUCUUGGACUGACAUUAUCAAAAGAAGAUCUCCAAAAUGUUGUCGAUUUGAUGGAACCAUAUGGCCAGAUAAGCAAUGGGAUAGAGCUUUUGAGCCCUCCACUUGAUUGGACAAGGGAAACCAAGUUUCCACAUGCUGUUUGGGCAGCUGGGCGUGGUCUUAUUGCUCUUCUAUUACCAAAUUUUGAUGUUGUUGAUAAUCUUUGGCUUGAACCUCUAUCCUGGCAGGGAAUUGGAUGUACAAAAAUCACGAAAGCAAGAAAUGAAGGUUCCAUUAAUGGGAAUUCAGAAUCGAGAUCAUAUCUUGAAAAAAAGCUUGUGUUUUGUUUUGGUUCUUAUGUUGCAUCCCAAAUGUUACUUCCUUUUGGGGAAGAAAACUUGCUCUCUUCAUCUGAGAUACAGCAAGCACAAGAGAUAGCUACACGAAUGGUCGUUCAAUAUGGAUGGGGACCUGAUGACAGUCCUGCAAUUUAUUAUCGUACUAGAGCGGUUACAGCAUUAAGCAUGGGGGAUGACCAUGAAUAUGUGAUGGCAGCUAAAGUUGAAAAGAUGUUCGAUUUGGCAUAUGUCAGAGCAAGAGAAAUGCUGCAGAAAAAUCGCCGGGUACUAGAAAAGAUAGUUGACGAAUUAUUGGAGUUUGAAAUUUUGACUGGAAAGGAUCUAGAGAGAAUUACUGAAGAUAAUGGUGGAAUCAAGGAGAAAGAGCCGUUUUUUCUUGGUGAAGUUCAAGCUAGUGAGCCAACAUCCAGCGGCUUCCUUGAAAGAGGAAAUGCAUCAGGGACAGGAAGUGCUCUAUUAACAUCCUAAGGUUAAUGAAAUGCUAUUGGUCUGGUACAGUUUGAGGUGAUACUCCUUUUCUUUUAUCUUUUAUUUUCCCUUUGGGGUGCGGAGCAGACUCUUCAUUUGUAAUUUCACAAGCAUGUAUAGUUUACCUCAGUUCGUUGGGAUAGGAAGAGAUAACAGUUUUCCUUUUCGGCCUUCUUUUCUCGAUGUCAGUUAGAUCCCAAUAGCUUUUCAUGACAACUGUAUCAUAAAUUUUGUAUUUAUUGUAAUAGGAAUUUUCA